GCUCUAAACAGAGGGACGUUUGAAAUCAAAAAGGGCUGAGUUGGGUGAAGUGUGAGGAAGUCCGCUGUCCUUUCUGCGUCCGUACGCGUCUUAAUAUUUAUAUAAACCGACUUUAAAACCUGUAUUUACACAUUUGUAGCUGUUAGCCUGAGCUCUGUGGCAGCGGGGCAGUCAACGUUACCGUGUAGCUCUUUAUGUUCGUAGCCGCUUUCUUCCAACGGACCGACGUAGCUGCUAGCUAGCUGGAGGAAAGCUCCCUGCGUGAGGGCUGCUUUCAGCUCGGCUAAACGCUGGUCACAUCUCCCGGACGCUGGUUUCCAUCGGUCACUGUGCAAUAACACACGUAGAAUAUGGACGCCUCUGCAAGACUCAAGAUGGCAAAAGACAUGAAGCUUCAGAGGCCUGAUGUCAAAUUGAGCAGCGAAGGACCAAAGCGGAUUCCUGUGUCACAACACUCGCAGAUUGCUGUCGUUACACCAAUUCCGCAGCAGCGGGUCCUGGGUGUGUCAAAUGGACCUCAGCGGAUUCAGCGGCCUGUUAGUCAUCAGAAACCUGUAUCUCACGUCUCCGUCGCUGUCAAGUCCACAAAGCUCUCUGAUCAGAAUAUGAACCCCAAUACUAGGAAUGUAAAUCCUGCAUCUCAGUCCAAAUCUGGUCCCCAGCAAAACCAGCCAAAGACAAGUGUGGCCAAGAUGAAGCAGGAGCUGGUCAAACCACCAGUAGAAUCGGCAAAGCUGGAGAAGCCACAGAACAAACUUGCCAUGAAAGAAUCUGGAGAUGUCUCGUCAUCAAAGUAUGUGAAGCGAUGGAGCCUGGAAAAUUUUGACAUUGGCCGUCCCUUAGGAAAGGGUAAAUUUGGCAACGUCUACCUGGCAAGAGAGCGACAGAGUAAGUUCAUCUUGGCCCUGAAGGUGCUCUUUAAGAAGCAGCUGGAGAAGGCCGGGGUGGAACACCAACUGAGGAGAGAAGUGGAGAUCCAGUCUCACCUCAGGCACCCCAAUAUCUUGCGUCUCUAUGGCUACUUCCAUGACACUUCACGAGUGUAUCUCAUUCUGGAGUUUGCACCCAGAGGAGAACUAUACGGUGAGCUGCAGCGCUGUGGAAAAUUUCCUGAGGACAGAAGUGCCACGUACAUCAUGGAGCUGGCAGACGCCCUCAACUAUUGCCACACCAAGAAGGUGAUCCACAGGGACAUCAAACCAGAGAACCUGUUACUGGGGGCUAAUGGGGAGCUGAAGAUUGCAGAUUUUGGCUGGUCUGUUCAUACACCCUCCUCCAGGAGGUCCACUCUGUGUGGAACACUGGACUACUUGCCUCCAGAGAUGAUUGAGGGAAAAACUCACGAUGAAAAGGUGGACCUGUGGAGCCUGGGUGUCCUCUGCUACGAGUUCCUGGUUGGAAAACCCCCCUUUGAAACAAAAAGCCACGAUGAUACCUACCGCAAGAUAUCAAGAGUGGAGUACACAUACCCUGCACAUUUCAAUAUCAGUGAUGGUGCCAAACACCUGGUGGCCCAGCUGUUGAAGCACAACCCCUUGCACAGGCUGCCCAUCCGGGGCGUCCUGACCCACCCCUGGGUCGUUGAAUGCUCGACCAAGAAGCCCACAACUCUGAACAACGAAGAGCCCAGCCAAUGAGCCUCUUUGUGUUGUCGGUUACUGGCUGGUGCGGAGCAUGAACGCCACUGUGCAGCUGAUUCGAAGAAUCUGCUUGUCCUCCCACUACUUGACUUUCAAAUCACUUCAUGUUUUUGUCAGCAGAGCUUUUGAGCCACCUGGUUUUACCUUCUUCUCCUUCUGAGGUUCCUUGUCUUACUAAUGGCACCUGUUGCCUGUAAAUAUUUCACUGUUUUUGUACAAUUAUGAAAGUUUUAUUUUGUUCCAUCAACACACAUCCACCCUCACAAGGUGAAAACGUGACCAGCAUCACUGUCACAAACUGGUUAUAAAUAAUAAUUCAUCGAAUUGUAUUUUGAAAUUAAGCAGUAUAUAUAUUUAUGUAUCCAUACAAAGUGCAUGUUGUAGCGGUAACUACCAAAGAGGCAGUUUUGCGCUGAUCUCGCUGGACUGUUUUGUCAGAACCGCACAUGGUUCAGUCAUCAAUCUUUAUGGAUGUGUUGCUGUAAUCAGAUUAAAUCCAUAGGCUGGCUUUGCUCUGAUGCAUGAACACUGAGGUCUUGCAUCACAGUGUAAAGAUACUGAGCGCUGAUGGGUCUAAAUGUUAACAUGUUGCAGUGACUGGUAUCAUUCCAUCACAAGAUGGUCUCUAGUUUGUUUUGUUUGUUUUCAACAAUGUUGUGAAGCUGAAGUCAGGAUGAUGCAGUGAUUUCACAGACAGGUUCAAAUGGAGCUGCCUUUAUCAAGCCUCUCGGUGCAUAGCAGCCAGCAGAGGGCGCCAGGAUACUACAGUUUGAGAACAAGUAUGUUGCAUAUUAUAGGGAGAAUUAAUGCCACUGUCACUGUUAAUAAUCUAUGAAAGCACAGUGAGUUCCUGCUUAAAUAAAAUGUUUUAAUUAAAUUAGCAUUUUAUCGGUUUGUUUCACAGUAUUAAUGUCGCUGGUAAAUGUUAUGGACAGUAUUCCUGCUUCAAUAAAAUGUUGAAAUGUAA